GAUGUGCUCCGGCUGCGGCGGAUCGGUUUCUCGGGGUUUGACCAGCUGUCCCGGGCUAACCCUGCUCCUCGCUGAAGAUGGAGGAAGUAAAAACAGGAUUACCCUUAGCUACAGAUCCACUGCCUUAGUUUCCACCACCAACUGCAGUGCACAAACACACGUUAGGCACAGAAAAGAAAGAAAGAGAGAGGACACACUAACAGUAAACACAAACAAAAGGGUGAUGGGAUUAUUUUACUGCAUGCCCUGCUGAGCACUGCACUUUGACUAUGGAAACAGAGGCUAUUGAUGGCUAUAUAACGUCAGGUGACAAUGAGCUUUCACCUGAAAGGGAGCACUCCAAUAUGGCAAUUGACCUCACCUCAAGCACACCCAAUGGACAGCAUGCCUCACCAAGUCACAUGACAAGCACAAAUUCAGUAAAGCUAGAAAUGCAGAGUGAUGAAGAGUGUGACAGGAAACCCCUGAGCCGUGAAGAUGAUAUCAGGGGACAUGAUGAAGGCAGCAGCCUAGAAGAGCCCCUAAUUGAGAGCAGCGAGGUGGCCGACAACAGGAAAGUCCAGGAGCUCCAAGGCGAGGGAGGAAUCCGGCUUCCGAAUGGUAAACUGAAAUGUGACGUCUGUGGCAUGGUUUGCAUUGGGCCCAAUGUGCUUAUGGUACAUAAAAGGAGUCACACUGGUGAACGUCCCUUCCACUGUAACCAGUGUGGGGCUUCUUUUACUCAGAAGGGCAAUCUUCUGAGACACAUAAAGUUACACUCUGGAGAGAAGCCGUUCAAAUGUCCUUUCUGUAGCUAUGCGUGCAGAAGAAGGGACGCCCUCACGGGACACCUCAGGACCCACUCCGUGGGUAAACCUCACAAGUGCAACUACUGUGGACGAAGCUACAAGCAGCGCAGUUCACUGGAGGAGCACAAGGAGCGCUGCCACAACUAUCUCCAGAACGUCAGCAUGGAGGCCGCGGGGCAGGUCAUGAGUCACCAUGUACCUCCUAUAGAAGAUUGUAAGGAACAAGAGCCUAUUAUGGACAACAAUAUUUCUCUGGUGCCUUUUGAGAGACCUGCUGUCAUAGAGAAGCUCACGGGGAAUAUGGGAAAACGUAAAAGCUCCACUCCACAAAAGUUUGUGGGGGAAAAGCUCAUGAGAUUCAGCUACCCAGACAUUCACUUUGAUAUGAACUUAACCUAUGAGAAGGAGGCUGAGCUGAUGCAGUCUCACAUGAUGGACCAAGCCAUCAACAAUGCAAUCACCUACCUUGGAGCUGAGGCCCUUCACCCUCUGAUGCAGCACCCGCCAAGCACAAUCGCUGAGGUGGCCCCAGUUAUAAGCUCAGCUUAUUCUCAGGUCUAUCAUCCAAAUCGGAUAGAAAGACCCAUUAGCAGGGAAACCUCCGAUAGUCAUGAAAACAACAUGGAUGGCCCUAUCUCUCUCAUCAGACCAAAGAGUCGACCCCAGGAAAGAGAGGCCUCUCCCAGCAAUAGCUGCCUGGAUUCUACUGACUCAGAAAGCAGCCACGAUGACCACCAGUCCUACCAAGGAAACCCUGCCUUAAAUCCCAAGAGGAAACAAAGCCCAGCUUAUAUGAAGGAGGAUGUCAAGGCUUUGGAUACCGCCAAGGCUCCUAAGGGCUCUCUGAAGGACAUCUACAAAGUCUUCAAUGGAGAAGGAGAACAGAUUAGGGCCUUUAAAUGUGAGCACUGCCGAGUCCUUUUCCUAGACCAUGUCAUGUACACCAUUCACAUGGGUUGCCAUGGCUACCGGGACCCACUGGAAUGCAACAUCUGUGGCUACAGAAGCCAGGACCGUUAUGAGUUUUCAUCACACAUUGUUCGAGGGGAGCACACAUUCCACUAGGCCUUUUCAUUCCAAAGGGGACCCCUAUGAAGUAACGAACUGCACAUGAAGAAAUACUGCACUUACAAUCCCACCUUCCCUACAAUGUUGACAUACCUUUUUUAAAAAAAAUAUUAUUACUGUCAUGAAUUCUUAUUUUGUGGACGCGGUGUCUUCGCUCUGCCUAAUUACAAUUAGGAAGAAACAGAAGAGAGAAAGGACAGGGACAAGGGGAUAUUGUUUCUUGAUAACUUGGCUUGUUUAUUUUGUGGGAAUUUUGAGAGCAGUUCAUUUCUGCCAUGCAUACAUGUAAGGCGUAUCGUGCUUUGAAAAAAAAUCACUUGAUUCAUACAGGUUCACCUAAAAGAUGCUGAUUUGCCACUGAUGCUCAGAAUUAUGACUGAAGGCAGGAAAGUUUAGUUUUCUGGGUAGGACUUUCUCAGUUUAAAAUGGGAUAAGUAAUUUAACGCUUCAAAGAAUUUAUUUCAAAAUGGCAACUGUUGUGUUUUUUUUUUUUCCUCUAGAGAUCAUGGAGCAGAAACACAUUGUUCUUUUCAGUGAUAACUCCUUGGAUGGGUGGUUGUUGUGGGUUCUAUGUUUACUUCCCCUCUGGAAUUUAUGAUACGGUAUGUUACACACUGUACCAGAGAGCAAAACUUUUCAACUACAGGUAGUUAAGGACACCUACAAUACAUCUGAGGUCCUGCGAUCUUAUUUUUCUAAACUUAAGCACUGUUUUUCCAUAGUUUUGAUGACUGGCAUUUUAUAGACACCCUGGCAGCCUUACUUUUAACACCGUUAAUGAAUAGUGUUUUUAAGUAGUUUUCAGAAUAACAUAUGGUCUAAGAGUGGCUAGCAGGCAGCUGGUAGUUUCCAGAAGGGACCUCUACUUUUCAUAAAUUUGUUUGGGACGUUUUCUUUUAACGUUGUAAUGUGAUGGCCGCAUAGUAUACGUAUUUGUUUCUAAAAGUAUGCUUACGAUUGUCACUUUAUCAGCAUUGAAUCAGUGUUAACUAGUCAGCAGAAAAAUAUAAUUAGGCUAACAGUAGGGGGAAAAAACCCACUCAGAAAUCCCUUUCCUGGUAAAUUUCUCUUUUCUCUUGUGUUUUUCAAGCUGUGACCACCCAGUGUUCUGUCCAUAGUCCAUUCAUCUUUUACUCUUCCCGCAGAAGGUCCUGCAUACCUUACUGUUGGCUAUUUCUCUCCAACUCUCCUCCAAGCAGUUGCUCAUUUGAUCUGAAUGUGUAACCCGAACCAUGUAAGGUUAUGGAACUAGGGCUAUUUAUUCUAGCAUUUCUUCAAUAAUAACAUCUGCCACUUUUGGUGCAAAGAAAGGAAAAUUCUUUGUUAUCUUUACAUUGUACUGCAGAUAAAACAAACAAACAAAAGGCUCAUUUUCACCGAUCUUGGAGUAUAGAAUGUGACCACACCUCCAGGUGAGAGUGACUGUGCCCUGCAAAUUCUUCUGCCUCAGAAACACUGAACUAUUUAUAAGUCCUUGUCGGAAAUGGAUCUCAGUUCCAUAGCACAGAAUUUCUCUUCUUUUAAUCAAUACAUGUUAUCAUAGUUCAUGUGCACAUUUUAAUGUCAUUCGUAUGGGUGCUCUAUUUGUUCUUUGCAGUCCUACAGCAUUAGAGGGAAGCAACCCAGUGCAUUCGAUUCAGGUCGUUGCGGGGACAAACCUGGAGGCAGAACUCGCUGUUUUCUUGUAGGGAGGGCGACGCUGCCCACGACCGGAUGAUCUGAUGCCCGUGUAUGAACACUGCAAUUCUGUCAGCAGUAACUGAUAGCUGCUCUAAAGAAUUACUAAAUAGGAUGCAGAAACUGUGUUUCUUAAUGCAGAAUAAUGCGAGAAUUAGCAAGACUAGAGAACUGUGGACAGAUAAGCAACUCUGGCCUCCACGCUGCUCUUCACUCGUUUUCUAGUUUACCAUCUGCUCCUUUGAGCAACGCUAUGCACUGACACAGGCCGAGCUAAGCAAAAGUGGGUGCAGCUCAGCUCUCUUCCACUAGCCCCUGUUGUAAUUAUUUUUGGAGAAAUAUCCAAACUGUUUCUUUAAAUCUAAGAGCAGCACCAAAAGAGAGAUGUGAAAUGUUUUAAUUAGAAUGUCAACUGUCUUUUCCCUCCCCUUCAUGCUUUGGUACUUUGGUACAUUAUGAACAUAUAAUUUAUUCAAAGAUAAAGCAUGUCUAGGAGACUUCCUUGCCCCACUCACCCUGACCACUCAUAAGUAAUUGAAAUUUUAUUUUAUUUUCCUUUUGGUGGUAGCUAAAUAAUUUAAGUUAGUGAUUUUGUGUUUUACUGUAAUUUAAAGAAACAUUUGGAUGGCAGUCAAUAUGUUCAUAACUUUGGCUGUGUGUGAAUUUCUGCUGGCAUUAUCUAUGAAUUUUCUUCCUGCUUAUGCUUUUUUUCAGUAUGUGAACAAGUAUGUGCCUGCCCUGGGAUAAACUGAAUUUAGGUGGAUCUAAAGAGUCGUUUAGUACCCUGUGAGCAUGGUGCUCAGGCACUCUCCUUCUAUGGGUUCAUCUUUUUAGGAAUCUGUUUUAUUGAGGGGACUUUGUCUUUAUGAGGGUGCAUUUGCUACAAGUGUAUAUGCUUGUACUCUCUUAGCCUUAUGAUAUAAGGAACAGAAUGAGGUAAAGAUGGCUCAGGGUGUGACAGGGACAAAUGAGGACAAGGUCAAUCCCAAUGUGUAGGUCAGGAAGAAUUUUUGUGGAUGCAGUGCUUUCUGGGAAAGUCUGGAUGGCUGUAUUUGCAUGCCUCUCCUUCGCAACAGGAAGUAAGAAACGUGGUAGCACCUAAAAAUAAGUAUGAGCCUCAGACACCAAAUAAAUCAAGUUUUAUAUAACCGUUAUAUGCCCAGUUUAUUCAGGUGAGGUUUCACAAUGCAGAGUAUUUGAGGGGCGUGAAAAUGGGUUAGUCUCCGUGUUCUCCAUUUCAGCAAAAUUCAGAACUUCAUCAUACUGCUUUGCCCUGGUUUUGUCCAGAAUUGUAUCUCCAGCUCUUAGAGAAGUGUGUGGCCUUUCUCUAACAGUGGUCCAUCACUUAAAAAGCCAUUCUAAUCUGGCUUUUAAAACAGUGGAAGUGACCAAAAAGCAGGCUGGAAGAAAUUUCAAGUUGUUGAAACAUUCCGUGGAGGAUUUUUCUGGAGAGACAAAAUGGAAGAAUGAGAGACCAGGAUUUAGAAUUGGCUACAAAGUAGGGAGUGUCUUUCCUAUAUACAUACAAGCACAUACGUUCAUUUACAGAAAAUUCAUGAAAAGAAGCAAUUAGAGUGAUCAGAUGUGUUGCAAAAACAUAGAGUUAACACCUGUUAACACCAGACCAAUUUAGUAGGCUUGUUUUUUCCAGAUUGUAUUAAGAAAUAUUAAGGAAGUCACUAGUGUCUCUUUAGGACUAUUUGAAACAAUCAGUGAAAAAAGCAGAGAUUUUAACCUGAUUUGAUAUAACCUCCAAAGUGAAAGAAACAAAUUACUCUUUGAGAGGAAGAUACAGAAAAAAAAUUGUCAAUGGUUAUUUAUUGACAAGUGGAGGAAGACAAGAAUAUUUUACUAAGUUCGAUAUUGUUUUGUGUCUCAGCUGUAUACCUCACAAAACCACCUCGAAGUCUUUAUGGUAGUUUAUAUAAAUGUUUGACAAAAAUUUACAUCGGUGAAGGUAUUAUGAUGAAAAUUGGUCUGUUUUCCAAUGUUAAUUUAUUGGAUCUCCAGAAUGAUUCCUUAAGGUAGAAAAAGAAAAGGCUGCAAAAAUACAAACAAAAAACCGCAUACCCUUAGUUUCAAGACACAACUUACAUUAUGAGAUAGAUACUGGCUAUGUUGUUUUUAAACUUUAAAUUGUUCAUUUUACAAGAAUGAAUGUUACAUUUGUGAUCAUCUUUAGCUGUAUUUUAUGUAUCGUUUUAGAAAGUACUAUCUUAUGAAGACUGUUCUACAACAGAAAUUCCCCAAAUGCACAGGAAAAAAAGAGUGGCAGUGAAAUUGUAAUUUGUACAUAUGAAAGUUAUCUUAGCAAUGUUUUGACACCUCCAAUUUCUGCAAAUUAACUAAAAUAUACAGUAACUGGUCUCCUAAGACCCUGACCUUAAAUGUAUUAAAUACUUAGAGAAUUUCCUUCUAUCGGUGCCUUUUGAAAAUGCAGUGAGUGUUGCCUUAGCUGUGGCAGCACAACAACACUGUUAUUAUGUAUUUUUAAAAAUCACUUAAAAUCAAGUACUAUAUAAUUUAUCUUCGUGUUUUUAGGGCAACACUAUUAGAAGAAUUUUCAAUACAGAGACAUUGAGCUCACCUGUGUAAAGCAAAAGGAAAUUUUGAAACAAUUUUAAUGUCUUUCUAGUUAGGUAGUCUUUCUGAAUACUGUUACAAGGGUAUGCAGGUGAAAUAGAAGGCAGAUGGAAAUUUUAGCUGUGGAUUGCAUUAUGGUAUGUGUUUUGUUUUGUUUUUAAGGAAAAAUAAGUUCUAAUACCAUGCAAGGCUUUAUGAGUGGGGCUUUUGCUCAAUAAAACAGAGUAUUGUUUUGGAACUUCCUCGAAUGACUAGCAUUGUACUAGUCUUAGAACCUCUGUCCUCUAAGCUGUUAAUGUUUUAUGGAGUAAUGUAAAGAAGCAGGUAAUUAAUUCUCCUUGAACAAAACAAAACUGAACAGUCAUAUCACAUUGCUAUUCUCCAAAGCAUAAUCUCAAAUGUUGCCUGCCAUGGUUGUGUAUUACUUGCAAUGAAUGUGUUAGGAUAUGACAGCUUUUUUUAAAAAAGUAAUAAUAAUAAGCUGCUUGUUAUAUGAAGCAAAUGUCAUAUGACCAAGAAGCUGUGAUAUGCUAGUGUUUCUUUAUAUCAUAGUGUAUUGCUAGGCCAAAUAACGGCACCUUAAAAUUUUUACAUUUAUUGCAGAAACCUAAAAUUUUGAAAUUUCCAUAAAAUUUUUAUGUAACAUUCUAUUUUGAGCUUUUUAGUUUUCUCUUGCUGUACUGUAAGUUUGUGGAUAUUUUUCAAAUGCACUCUUGGAAGUAAGUUCUUAAUUCUGUUUAUGGGGCUUUCCUCCCAUAAUAUUGCAUUUGUAUAUUUUCUGUAUAAAUUUUUUGUGAAUUAACCCUUAUCCCAUAUAGAGAAUGGUAUGUGAAUGGCUAGUUUUCUAAGAUGUCCUUUUAUUGUGAAUAAAAUAUAAAAUUUAGAGGCCCUCUGCUAAACCACAUAAAGUAUAGCAUGUAACUCCGUACAGGUACAGAUAAGCCAGUCUGCAGUUAGCUGGGCCCUUCAGAUUACCUCAAGUGACUCACAGUAAGGAAAGCUUCUCGGAUGGGCGGAGGUCACUGCAUCCCCUACUAUGCACUUACCAGGAUUCUGCUUAAUUUAACUUACUGGAAAUGAAUUUUAAAAAUCGAAUACACUGUAACAAGGGAAGGACUCUGGGUUUUGUCUUUGUUGUUGUUUUAUUCUUUUAUGUUUAUUUUUUAAGUAGUUCAAUUACUGAAACUGUGAUAAAAAAAAAAUUGACUGUUGAGCACUCUCAGAUUAUCAACAGAAAUCAUUUCCCCUCCUGUGUAAAAAAGUUCCCUUUGUUAUCUCUCGAAUUUCGUCUCCCCUCCUCCCCUUCUUCCUCCUCUCUGUCCAUAUCUCUGCCAUCACUGUCUUCGGGCGUCUCCGCCGCUCUUUUCCCCCUACUAGUUUGAAGAUUAGGUCAGCUCUUAUUUCUGAUUCAUGGGUCCCUUAAGUCUUAAUUUUGUGUGUGUGAUUUUUGUUGGCUGUAUAAUCUGCUGACAUAUUUUUAUACUCAAGUGUAGUUUUAUAUUUAAAAAAAGAGUAGUUGGAUUAAAAAUGGUAAGGUACGUAACCUUUGUAUUACUUUCACUUUCAAAUACUGGGCACCUAAAAUGUGACCUCAGAGAUUAUGUCAUCGUAAUUUGGUAUGUUUGCCUUCCUUUUUUUUUUUGUUCAAUUUUGUGUUCUGAUUUGAUUUGCCUCCUAAAGUGUAUAUAAUGAGAGAUUAAACAAUUUUUUGCAAGUAUUUAGGAAGAUGUUAAAAGUGUAAAGCAAAAAGUCUUAACUGAUUCCCAGUUGGGAGAACAUGCUUUAACAUUACUAUAAUAUUAUUCCAGGUUCAGAGGGGGCUCUUCCAGCUCCACAUUUGCUCUUACUAGUUGGACCUUUUAGACCAUGUGUUAUUUGCAAUUCCAGAACAAUUGCUUCUAGUUAGUUAAAAAGAUCCUUUUCUUUAUUUUCUGUACAAGUGCAAUACUUUCCUCGAAGUCUUAAAAACUAUGGUUAUUUUGUUUUGUUUUUUGACAUAUUCUUUCUUUAGUUAAUGAAAAAAGAAACCCCUGAAAAUCAUGGUAUGUUAAUUAAAGGACAAAGCAAGCAAAGAGAAAAACACUCCACAGUCAAAGAAUCAGAGAAUGUGGAAACGGUUGAUCCAGUCUUGUGGUACCUUUAAUUAGGUUGAAUUUUCAUUAAAAUUAGUAAUCUUUUGCCU